AUGGGCGACCGCGGAGGCGGUGCCGAGCAGUUCGCGAGGCAGAAGCAGUAUGACUACAAAGCGAACUCCAACCUCGUCCUCACGGCGGACCGCUCCGGACGGGGCCGCGCGGACGGGCCAACGGGGAUGCCGGAGACACUCCGCGGCAAGAAGCUGGCAAAGAUGGGCGACCGCUUGCAGUCCGCGAAGCCCGAGCUCACGGACGAGCAGAAGGCGAAGAUGAAGAAGAGGCGCGCCGCCGACGGCGAGGACGCCAUGGCCCGGCAGGCCAAGCGCCGGCAGGCCGACGUCGCGCUCCGGUCCGUCCUGGACAUGGACACCGCGGGCCUGUACCGCCCACAGACGGCAGAGACACGCGCAGCGUACGAGGCCCUGCUCGCGAAGAUCCAGGCCGCGAUCGGCGACCAGCCGCAAGACGUCCUCUGGGGCGCUGCCGACGAGGUGCUCGCGGUGCUGAAGAGCGAGAAGCGGCAGCCGGAGAAGAAGGCCGAGUGCGAGGCGCUCCUCGGCGCGCUCCCAGACGAGCUGUUCUCGUCCUACGUCGCCAUUUCCUCCCUCAUCAACGACUUCACGCCCGAGAGCGAGCGACUCGCGGACGCCGCGGGCGCCGCGGCCCUCGGGGACGACGACGAGGCCGGCGUGGCCGUCGAGUUCGACGAGGCCAGCGACGAGGAGGACCCGCAGGGUCUCGUGGACCAGGUGCUCGAGGAGGAGGACCUCGAUGAGGACAACGCGGGCAAAGUGGACACGUUCGACGUGGACGGCGGGGGCAUGAAGGUCCGCGGCGGGGACGACGCGGUCGUCGAGGGCGACGCGGCGGGCGACGCGGAGCUCGACCUGCGCGAGGUGGACGCCUACUGGCUGCAACGGCAGGUGUCGACGGCGCUGGCGGGGGCCGGUGCGGACGAGGCGCAGGCCGUGGCGGACAAGGCGCUGGCGGCGCUGGCGGGCGGGAGCAGCGAGCGGGAUCUGGAGCGGCAGCUGGUCGACUUGCUGGACUACGACAAUUUCCAAUUGAUCAAGCUGCUCAUGGACCACCGGCUGGCGAUCGUGUGCUGCACGCGCCUGGCGCGCGCGCAGUCGGACGAGGAGCGCGCGAAGAUCGAGGCCGACAUGCAGAGCUCCGCCGCGGGCCGCGCCGUCCUCGCCGCCCUGCAGGCCACGCGCGGCACCGCGCGCGAGCGCCAGGAGCGCAUGACACAGCGCAUCAAGUCCGAGGCUGCGCGGCUCCGGAAGCGCGGCGCGGGCGGCGACGAGGACGGCCAGGCGCGCGGCGAGGCCGCGGGCCGGCAGCAGCUGAACCUCCAAUCUUUGGAGUUCCGCGGAGAAGGGCAUUUCAUGUCUAACAAGAGCUGCUCGCUACCGGAGGGGUCGUUCCGCAUGACGAAGAAGGGGUACGAGGAGGUCCACGUGCCGGCGCUGAAGCAGAAGCCGCUCGGCGCCGACGAGCGUCAGGUCACGAUCGAGGACCUCCCGGAGUGGUCCCGCGGGGCGUUCGCGGGGAUGAAGGCGCUCAACCGCAUCCAGUCGCGGGUGUACAACACCGCGAUGUUCACGAGCGAGAACAUCCUGAUGUGCGCGCCGACGGGCGCCGGGAAGACCAACGUGGCGAUGCUGGCAGUGAUGCACGAGCUGGGGCUGCACCGGCGCGAGGACGGCACGUUCGACUUGUCGGAGUUCAAGAUCGUGUACGUCGCGCCGAUGAAGGCGCUGGUCGCGGAGAUGGUGGGCAACUUCACGAAGCGGCUCGGCGAGGCGUACGGCGUGCGCGUGCAGGAGCUGACGGGCGACAUGAGCAUGACGAAGGCGGAGAUCGAGGCCACGCAGAUCAUCGUGACGACGCCGGAGAAGUGGGACAUCAUCACGCGCAAGUCCGGCGACCGCACGUACACCGACAGGGUCCGUCUGGUGAUCAUCGACGAGAUUCACCUCCUACAUGACGGGCGCGGGCCGGUCCUGGAGAACAUCGUGGCCAGGACGGUGCGGCAGAUCGAGGCGACGCAGGAGAUGACGCGGCUGGUCGGGCUGUCGGCGACGCUGCCGAACUACGAGGACGUCGCGGCGUUCCUGCGCGUGAAACCCGACAAGGGGUUGUUCUUCUUUGACAACAGCUACCGGCCGUGCCCGCUCGAGCAGCAGUUCAUCGGCGUGACGGUGCGCAAGCCGCUGCAGCGCUUCCAGCUGCAGAACGAGAUCUGCUACGAGAAGGUCCUCGAGCGCGCAGGGAAGCACCAGGUUCUGAUAUUUGUGCACUCGCGCAAGGAGACGAGCAAGACGGCCAAGUUCCUGCGCGACCAGCUGCUGAGCAAGGACCAGCUCGGGCGCAUGAUGAAGGACGACAGCGCGACGCGCGAGAUCCUCCAGGCCGAGGCCGAGGACACCAAGAGCGCCGACCUCAAGGACCUGCUGCCGUACGGCUUCGCGACGCACCACGCGGGGAUGUCGCGCGUGGACCGCACGCUGGUCGAGGACCUCUUCGCGAACGGCCACGUGCAGGUCCUCGUCUCGACGGCCACGCUCGCGUGGGGCGUCAACCUCCCCGCGCACACCGUCAUCAUCAAGGGCACGCAGGUGUACAACCCCGUCAAGUCCGCCUGGGACGAGCUGUCCAUGCUGGACAUGAUGCAGAUGCUCGGGCGCGCGGGUCGCCCGCAGUUCGACUCGCACGGCGAGGGCAUCAUCAUCACGGGGCACUCGGAGCUUCAGUACUACCUGUCCCUCAUGAACCAGCAACUCCCCGUGGAGUCUCAGAUGGUCAAGCAGCUCGCGAACUCGCUCAACGCCGAGGUCGUCCUCGGCACCGUGAGCAACCUCAAGGAGGCGGCCAACUGGCUCGGGUACACCUACCUCUAUGUUCGCAUGCUGCGCAACCCUAGCUUGUACGGUGUUCCGAUCGACGCGAGCGCGUCGGACCCGAUGCUGCGCGACUGGCGCAUGGACCUCGCGCACUCGGCCGCGGUGCAGCUCGACCGGCACCAGCUCAUGCGGUACGACCGCCGCACCGGCAACUUCCAGGUCACGGAUCUGGGGCGCAUUGCGUCGCACUACUACGUCACGCACGACACGAUAUCGACGUACAACGAGCACCUGCGCCCGACGAUGGGCGAGAUCGACCUCCUCCGGCUCUUCGCGCUCUCGGACGAGUUCAAGUACAUUCUCGUUCGCGAGGAAGAGAAGAUGGAGUUGGCGAAGAUUAUCGAACGCGUGCCGAUUCCCGUCAAGGAGUCGAUCGAGGAGCCGACGGCGAAGAUCAACGUGCUCCUGCAGGCGUACAUCUCGCGGCUGAAGCUCGACGGGCUCGCGCUGGCCGCCGACAUGGUGUACGUGACGCAGUCGGCCGGGCGGCUCAUGCGGUGCAUCUACGAGGUGUGCCUGCGGCAGAACUGGGCGCAGCUCGCCGAGAAGGCGCUGAACCUGUGCAAGAUGGUGUCGCGGCGCAUGUGGGCCAGUCAGACCCCCCUGCGUCAGUUCAAGGACAUCCCCGCCAACAUCCUCCAGUCGCUGGAGAAGAAGGAGAUCCCCUGGGAGCGGUACUACGACCUCUCGUCGCAGGAGCUCGGCGAGCUCGUCCGCGCGCCCAAGGUCGGCAAGUCCCUGCAUCGCCUCGUGCACCAGUUCCCGCGUGUGCAGCUCUCGGCGCAGGUGCAGCCCAUCACGCGCAGCGUCCUCAAAGUCGACCUCAGCAUCACCCCGGACUUCCAGUGGGAGGAAAAGGUGCACGGGUUCGUCGAGCCGUUCGUGAUCGUCGUCGAGGACGCCGACAGCGAGCUCGUCCUGCACCACGAGCCUUUUAUGCUCAAGAUGCAGUACGCAGAGGAAGACCACCACGUGUCCUUCACGGUGCCGAUCCAGGAGCCCGUGCCGCCGCAGUACUUCGUCCGCGUCGUCUCCGACCGCUGGCUGCGCUGCGAGGCUCAGCUGCCCAUCUCGUUCCGGCACCUCAUUCUCCCCGAGAAGUUCUCGCCGCCCACGGAGCUCCUCGACCUGCAGCCGCUGCCGCUCUCCGCGCUGCGCAGCGCGGACUUCGAGGCGCUCUACGCCGGGCCCGGCACGCCGAACAUCUCGCGGUUCAACCCGAUCCAGACGCAGUGCUUCCCGGCGCUGUUCAACACGGACGACAACUGCCUCGUGGCGGCGCCGACCGGGUCCGGGAAGACGGUGUGCGCGGAGUUCGCGCUCCUGCGGAUGAUCCAGCGCGCGCUGAACGGCGAGUGCGCGGCGCGGUGCGUGUACGUCGCGCCCAAGGACGCCCUGUGCGACGAGAGAUACCAGGACUGGUCUGCCAGGUUCGGAAAGGGCCUUGGUCUCACCGUGCUGCGGCUGACGGGCGACCCCGCCGCGGACGUCAAGCUCCUCGACCGCGGCAACAUCGUCAUCGCGUCCCCGCAGCAGUGGGACGUCGUCUCGCGCCGCUGGCGCCAGCGCAAGGCCGUGCAGGACGUGGCCCUGUUCAUAGUCGACGAGCUCCACCUCCUCGGCGGGGAGGGCGGGCACGUGCUCGAGGUCUGCACGUCGCGCAUGCGCUUCAUCCGGCACGAGCUCGAGAAGCCGAUCCGCAUCGUCGGGCUGUCGUCGUCGGUGGCGAACGCCCGGGACCUCGGCGAGUGGCUCGGCGCGCCGCAGCAGGCGCUCUUCUCGUUCCACCCGGGCGUGCGGCCGGUCCCGCUGGAGUUCCACAUCAAGAGCUUCGACACGCUGCACUUCGACGCGCGCAUGCAGGCCAUGUCCAAGCCGGCGUACAACGCCGUCGCGACGCACGCGGGGUCGGACAAGCCCGUGCUGGCCUUCGUUCCGACGCGGAAGCACGCGCGCCUGCUCUGUCUCGACCUGCUCACCUUCGCGGCCGCGGACGGCGAGCCGAGCAAGUUCCUCAAGUGCUCAGAAGAAGACCUGGAGCCCUUUUUGGCGAAGAUCAAGGAUCCGGCUCUCAAACACGGCCUCCAGUACGGCAUCGGGUACAUCCACGACACCAUGCCCGCGGCGGAGCGCGGUGCGGUGCUGUCGCUCUUCGACGCCGGCGCGAUCCAGGUGCUCGCCGCCACGGCCGCCACGUGCUGGGGCGUAGCGCCCGCCGCGCACCUGGUCAUCAUCGCGGGGACCCAGUUCUUCGACGGAAGCGGGCUCGGCGGCGCGGACUACCCCGUCGCGGACCUGCUGCAGAUGAUCGGGCGGGCGUCGCGGCCCGGGAAGGACGCGGUCGGGAAGCUUAUGCUGAUGUGCGCGAGCACGAAGAAGGAGUACUAUAAGAGGUUCUUGUUCGAGCCUGUUCCGGUGGAGAGCCACGUGGACCACUCGCUGCACGACCACUUCAACGCGGAGAUCGUGACGCGGACGAUCGAGAACAUGCAGGGCGCGCUGGACUGGCUGACGUGGACGUUUUUCUACCGCCGCCUGAGUCAGAACCCCAACUACUACAACCUCGCCGGAAACACCCCCCGGCACGUGUCCGACCACCUCUCCGAGCUCGUCGAGGCCACGAUGAGCGACCUCGAGCAGGCCAACGCCAUCGCGGUCGAGUACGAGACUGUCGACGGCGCCGAGCAGGACCUCCUGACGCCGCUCAAUCUCGGGAAGAUCGCCGCGUUCCACUGCGCGAGGUACACCACGAUCGAGCUCUUCGGGUCCAGCCUCCAGGCCAAGACCAAGCUCCGCGGCCUGCUCGAGAUCCUGUGCGCCGCCACGGAGUUUGCCACCCUCCCGAUCCGGCCUGGCGAGGAGGACGCCGUGCGGAAGCUCGUCGCGCACUCCCCGAUCACGAUCGCGUCGCAGAAGUUCACGGACCCGCACGUCAAGGCCAACGCCCUGCUCCAGGCGCACUUCUCGCGCACGCCGCUGGCGGGCGACCUCGCCGCCGACCAGCGCGCCGUCGUCCGCGGCGCCAGCCGCCUCCUCGGCGCCGUCGUCGACGUCAUCGCCAGCAACGGCUGGCUCUCGCCGGCCCUCGCCGCCAUGGAGCUCUCCCAGAUGGUCGUCCAAGGCAUGUGGGAGCGCGACCCCGUGCUGUUGCAGCUCCCGCACGUCACGCGCGACCUCGCGGCGCGCGCCAAGGCGAUCGGCGUGGAGUCGGUCUUCGAGCUGCUCGACAUGGAGGACGCGGACCGCACCAAGCUGCUCAGCAUGGACGCGGGGCAGCUGGCGGAGCUGGCGCGCGUGUGCAACAGGUACCCGGACAUUCAGCUGGCGCACGACGUGGCGGACAAGGACGAGCUCGAGGCCGGCGGGAUGGUGUCGGUGAUGGUGGAGCUGGAGCGGGAGUGGGAGGGGGAGUUGCCGCCGGUGGACUCCCAAAAGUACCCCGGGACGAAGGACGAGUCGUGGUGGCUCGUGGUGGGCAACCCGGCGACGAACGAGCUGCUCAAGAUCCGGCGCGUGUCGCCCGUGCAGCAGCUGCGCGUCAAGCUCGACUUCGCCGCGCCGGCCACCCCUGGCAAGCACAAGCUGGUGUUGUACUUCAUGUGCGACUCCUACUUGGGGUGCGACCAGGAGUACGAGUUCGAGGUGGAACUGAAGGAGGGCGAGGGCGGGGAGGACAGCGACGGCGACGCGGACAUGGACUGA